AUGUGCACGGACCUGCGUCUGCUGGCCAGCAUGAAGGAGAUUGAGGAGCCGUUUGAGAAGGAUCAGAUCGGAUCGUCCGCGAUGCCCUACAAGCGUAACCCGAUGCGCAGCGAGCGUUGCUGCGGCCUCGCUCGCCACCUGAUGGCGCUACUCAGCGACCCGAUGCACACUGCCGCCGUGCAGUGGAUGGAGCGCACCCUGGACGACAGCGCCAACAGACGCAUCAGCAUUGCGGAGGCCUUCAUCACAGCCGACAUUCUGCUUACAACCCUGCAGAAUAUCUGUGAGGGUCUCAUCGUCUAUCCACGGGUGAUAGAGAGGCACAUUCGACAGGAGCUACCGUUCAUGGCAACUGAGAACGUUAUCAUGGCAAUGGUGAAGGCUGGGAAAAACAGACAGGAGGUGCACGAGGAGGUAAGAGUCCUCUCCCACCAGGCGGCAGCAGUUGUCAAGGAAGACGGAGAGGAGAACGAUCUCAUUGAGAGAAUCCAGGAGAGCGGGUUUUUCAAGCCGAUUCACUCGCAGCUGGAGCAGAUAAUGGAUCCAAAGUCGUUCAUCGGACGUGCUCCACAGCAGGUGGUAUCCUUUCUGGACGAUGAGGUAAGGCCAGCUCUGAGGCCUUAUGCUGCUGACGUUGAGAAGGUUGUCACCACCUCCCUCAACGUGUAA